UUAGAAAUGGAAAUCAUCCAAGCGUUGGUGGAGAGAUGCCAAAAGAAGCUCAGAAUAUUAGAAAGGCUUAAAGAUUUGACACCCCUCAAGCUCUACAAUAAAAUAAACGACAGUUGUAAUUUGUGAGAAAUUGAUCCAGAUGCUGAAAAAAUUUUCUCAGACAACAAGAAGUUGCUAUCAACUAUCUCUGAAGAGUACAGCAAACACAGACUGAAGGUAAUCAGAACGAACUGGAAGUAUAUCAUCGCCAUCAUGAAGAUCAUUUUUGCAACCUUGUUCACAAUUUUUAUGUUUGAAGAUUACGGACAAAGUCAAUUUAGACGAAUCUGAAUGUUCUUAAUGUUCUGGUUCAGCUUCCUGUUGGAGUACUUGAUCUAUCGUUACAAGUUCUUUGCAAGAAAUGGAGCUGUUUUGAUUAUUGUAAUACUCGGACUGAUGAUUACAAAAACGAACAUUUCCUUGACUGAGUUCAGGCUAUACGAAGGGUUCAUUUUCCAUAUUUCCUGUUGCUUCCUGCUAUCCACCUGCAUUGUAUCAGAUUGGAAGAUCUCUUCAAUUGCAGUAAUCUUGGUUUACUCCAAUCUGUACUUCCUGCUGCACUUAUAUUUUGAUGAUGUUGGUGUUAAGGUAAAGUACUGCAUCAUCUUGGCAAUGUUUUGAUUCGCUUGUAACGCUUUCUUGACAGCUAAGGCUUUCAGGAAGGAGUUUAUGUCCACUUUUAUGUCCAAGCAUGUAUCCUUCCAGUUCAAAAGGGUUCUACAAUGCCUCCCUGAAGGUGUUACUAUUAUUAACGAAGCUGGUGACGAACUCAAAUUUGUAAACCAGAAACUCAAGAGCACUUUUAAUUUAGAUACUUUUUACAAAGCAGAGAGCACAAUUGAAGGCUUGGAGAUGAUCAAGAAGAAGAUAGACCACGAUUUUGACAAGCUAGUAACUAAAGCCAACUCUGACUCCCUAGGCUUUAAAGAUACUCAGAACUUUGAGCAAAAUAUUUUGAGAAAAUUCAUGGCUCGGAUUAAAAGUAAGAAGGUUGAAGAAGAAAAAGAGCCUGGCUCGGUUAUUUUAGAAGAAAAGUUUGAUGAAAUUUUACUCCCCAAGUUCUUAGAAGAAGAGAGAGACCUCUGCCUUGUGACUGAGGAUAAUGAUAGAAGCACCAAAGUCUCUAUUAAGUAUUAUACUAACCAUUUGGACCAUCAAGUGGAGUAUUUAUAUAGAGAUUUCAUUGUCAGGACUUCGAAGAUCAAUAUGAUCAAUGAAAAGGAUGGUAGUCCAACGUUUCUUCAGAUGUUCAUUGACACCACUCAAAUCACUUUGUUAGAGGAAGCAAGGGCUCAGAGCAAUUAUCAGAAACAGAUGCUGUCCAACGUCUCUCAUGAAUUCAGGACACCUCUGAAUGCAAUGUCGAUCUCUCUCCAUUUGAUGAAAGACUAUUUAGAAGAAAGCUGAGCAAAGUAUCACAAGAUCGCCUCAUCUUCGUGAGAUAUGCUCAAAGGUCUGGUCGAAGAUAUCUUAGAUUUCUCGAAGAUCGAAGCAGGAGUGUUUGAGACUGAAAGAAUCAAAUUCACAUUUGACGAACUUUUUGAUGAAAUAAAUUCUAUGUUUGAGAUACAGACUAGAAUGAAGCAUCUAGAUUUCGUCUUUGAAGCUGAUGAAUCUCUACUGCAGUUAAAUGUGAAGUCUGAUAAGCAGAGAUUGAAGCAAAUUUUGAUGAAUUUAGUUUCUAAUUCUAUAAAGUUCACUGACAGAGGGAGUAUAAAGAUUGAGCUGAGGAUUUUGGCUCCAGAAUCACGCUUAUUGGCAGUCCUAGUUGAAAACGAGGAUGAGUUAGAUAUGAACUUAGCAUCAGAGCUCAUUGAUGAACUUCCUGUGUGUGGUAUUCUAUUCGGAAACGAAAAAUACAACUUCAAUACAAGACCUUCUCGGUUUAAUGACAUGAAGAAGAGUGUCAGGAGACAUAUCAGAGAAUCUCAUCAAAUAAGUGAGAUGCGAAAAUUCAGCAACCUUAUGUCCGAAAUCAGUCAGAGAAAACCUGAUAAAGAAGAUCUAAAAGGAUUUAAGAAAGAACUUAAGCUCGAGAUGAGUGUGAUAGAUACAGGCAUUGGCAUUCCUGAGGAAGAUCAACCUUCUUUAUUCACAUUGUUUGGAAAGACAAGUUCUAACCAUGAUAGAAAUAAGACUGGUACUGGUCUCGGACUCACAAUAUGUAAGAAAUUAUGUGAAAAACUUGGAGGCAAGAUCAGUUUAUCCUCAAAAGAGGGAUUCGGAACAAAAGUUACAUGAAAAUUUAUUUGUUUCUAUUAGACAUUUUUAUAAUCUCGUUUUCUCAAUGA